GUAAAAAAAGUUUAAUUCGAAUAUUAAAAUACAAAAAUUAUAUUGAUUUAGAUUAGUGAUCUAGAUUUAAUUUUAAACAUUUAAAUCUAAAUUGGUCCAUUUUUCAAUCCAUUUAGAUCUAGCUCUAAUUUUGGCUGCAAGUUAAUAGUUCUCAUUAACUCUGCCAUUUUUUUUAAUGAGAAGAAAAAGAAAAAUUUAGCAUAUCAUGCAGUUGUCAAGACUGGUCCUACCGUUGUGAUGACUACCUUGAGGGUAUUACCUGAAGUCUCUCGAAUGAGUCAGUCAACCGGAAGUCAAACAUCACCAUUGUCUGGACAGCAUCCGUCACGGCCUGAUGGAAUAUUUAGAUAUUGGAUUCUUCGUUUCGGGCACCAUCAACGGGUCAACCUACGACUACAUGUCCGAUCCUGGUGUUGUUGCCACCCACCGUAUUUUUAUUGUAGUUGUAGUGACCUACAUGCCCCUGAUCAUUGGCUGCAACAUCAUCGUCUUCUGGGGCAUUCUACUGUACCCGGGAUUCUACACCAACAACAACUUGUUGUUGCUCAGCUUAGCCUUCGCCGACUUUUUAGUUGGCAUCUACUGCUUGCCGAUGUACUUACUGAGUUAUAUAGAAGUUACCAGAGUGGUGGUGUAUUCUAGUGAGAUCUCUUGCGUUUCAUGGCUGACUUCAGGCGUGCUGUCAGCGGGAGGCUCCUUGGUUUCGUUGCUUUUCAUUGCUAUCGACAGGUACGUAGCAGUCAUCUGGCCGCUCAAGUAUGGAGGAAUUAUCACGGCAGAGCGACUGAUCACAUCUUUACUCUUGUUCUGGGUUUUAAUUUUUAUAAUUGCUUUCCUUCCAAAUUUGGGACUCAACAAUUAUAACCCGCACAUUCAGAAUCUCGUUUUACGCUGCAAUUUGUACAUCACUCUGCCCAAAUACUACGUUUAUGGGACAGUUCUUGGGGGUGCGGCUCCGAUAGUUUUAAUCUCAGGAGCGUUGUAUUCCCAGAUCAUUUACAUUGUAUGGAAACAAGCAAAGAGACUGCAUUCGAGGCAAUCUUUAAUUCCCCCAGAACAGGCCUCGAGGUUGGAGCAUCGUAUCAAGAGUGUCCAGAGGUCCUCAUUUUUGAUGCUGGCCUUUGUUGUGAUGUGGUUCCCUUAUGUGAGUAUCACGCCUUUCAAAUACUUCAAUGUCUUCUCCCAGGCAUCCAUUGAAAUAGUCAAGUGCUUCGCUCUCAUGUUCACCUUUGGGAACUCAUUAUUGAAUCCUUUCGUAUACGCCCUCCUCAGAGAAAACUAUCGAACUGUAUAUAAAUUAAUGAUUAUUACUCCGCCUUGGAAAUGGAAGAAAGCACUGCGGGUUCUUUAUAUCGAAACCAACAAAUUAAAAUCUAAGUAUACUGUAGGGGAAAUAGCUACUGAUCAGCUGGGCAUCUUCAAGCCAACAAAAACUUACUCAGCUUACUCUGAUCAUAAUAAUGUGAAAGCUAAAGAUGUUGCAAGCCGUUUUACGAUGUCCAGAAAAGUAUCUCAAUUCUCUAAAGUUUCAGCCAUAGAAAGUACAUAUUUUUCUUUGUAUACUCACCCCUAUGAAGAAUCGGAUGUAGAUUUAAGUCAGUUUGACAUUUUCCACCAGCUCUACAGAGUCGUUCCCAGUUUAACCAGCAUUGUACAAUCCCAAUUAAAGCAAUCUUCUAGUCAGAAAGUAACGGGGAUAGACUCGGCCGGAAACAAGACUUUGAACCCCAGCAAUACUCAAUCUAGGGAUACAGAGAUUUACAGAGACUGCUUGCCCUACGACCAUGCUUCAGUAAUACCUUAGUUGAAUAGCAGUCACUGCUUUGUGCCUAUUGAAACAACAUGGAACUCACCAAACUA